GCAAAAGUUGUGCCAGCGCCAUCUAUCGAAAAUUUCGAAUAAACUUUGUAUUCACAAUAUCAUUCAAGAUGUCGUUCAACUUUGGCGGUACGAACACAUUUGGCGGGCAAAAUAAACCAUCUUUCGGUGGAUUUGGUUCUACCUCAACUGGGACAUCAGGAUUUUCCUUUGGUAGUACAACUAAAACAACUGCUCCUACUCUUGGCUUUGGGACUUCUACGGCCCCCACCACCAGCAGCUCUGCAUUUGGGUUUGGGAUUAAACCCAUAGGAACAGCUACAACCAGUACUGGUGGAGGCUUUGGCUUUGGGAGUGGUGGGCUUGGUGGAAAUACUCAGACAACUAGCAGUGCAUCGGGAUUCAACUUUGGAACAUCUACAAGCACAGGAGGGUUCGGUGCCAAGCCAGGAGGAUCUUCUCUCUUUGGUGGGGGUGGCUUUGGUCAAACUGCUACCUCUAGCUCUAGCCUCAAGUUUGGUUUUGGUGGUCUUAACACAGGAACAACAACUACAAGUGGAUUAGGUACUGGAUUUGGUGCUCAGCCUCAGCAGCAGCAGCAGCAACAACAACUAGGUGUUGACAACAACCUUGUUCUGCUUGCUGCUGCUCUAUCUGUACCCAGUAUCUAUGGAGAUGAAAGGGAUAAUCUACUAGCUAAAUGGAAUCAACUUCAGGCAUUCUGGGGGACCGGUAGUGGGUUUGUCAAUCAGAAUACCACAGUCAACUUCACUCCAGAAAACCCCUUCUGUAGAUUUAAGACGGUUGGCUACAGCGUCAAGCCGACAGCAAAGACAAAAGAUGGUCUGGUUGUCUUACACUUCAAGAAGAAAGACACUGAAAUCAGGGCUCAGCAACAACAGCUGGUUGAUUCACUCUACAGGAUCAUGGGCAGUAAACCAACUCUGUCUGUAUGCGUGGAGGAUGUCAGACCCCUUCUGGAUGAUAAAGCGGAGGUAGUAAUCUACAUCUUGGAACGUCUUCCUACUGGUGCUACCAAACGCAUCCCAUCAACAGAAACAUUUGCCUUCUUGAACAACGCUAAGAUCAAGCAACAGCUUGGUAGUUUGGGGGUAGUUCACAUGCAACCAAGACAAGCGUUGACACAGACUCAGUUAGAGAACUACCUCCAGAAUCCUCCUCUAGGUUAUGACCCAAGACUAUGGAGGCAAGCCCAGCUUGAUAAUCCUGAUCCUGAUAGACUGAUCCCAGUCCCACUUGUUGGAUUUGAUGUAAUCAAGACAAGAUUAGAAUAUCAGCAGCAAGAGACACAACAGCAUCAAGCAAGACUGGAUCUUGUAAGCAAAGACUUGGAAAAAUUGCAAGAGCAGCAGGACACAUUGCAGGCGAGGAUAGCAGAGAAUAAGAGAAGACAUCUAGAACUAUCACAUAGAGUUUUACAGGUCAUGGCUCGACAGGAGGUCCAGAGAAAACAAGGAGUGUCCAUUCAGUUAGAGGAGGAGCAUCUUAGAACACAGCUUGAGGGACUGAUGGCAGAGUUAAAUGCUCCAACUCAGAUGAAGGCUCGUCUGAAUGAGAUGUUAUCCCAGAUCCGUUUGCAGAGUCACCUUCCAUUCAGUCGUAAUAGUGAGCAGUAUUCUAUCGAUUCUGAUCUCCAGUAUGAAAUUAGACAGCAUCUGAAACAGCAACAAGAAGGUAUCAGCCAUCUUGUGGGUAUCAUCAAAGAAGACUUGGAAGAUUUAAAACUCAUUGAGAGAGGGUUAGAAGAGGCAACCAGUUGAUCAUACAUCAAUAUCGACUCAAAUUAUGAUGGACUCUUGAAUAUCUAAACCGCAGUGGACCACUCUUAUGUUUAAUAUGACUAGAUGGUGGUUGACAAGAGAUGCAGCUCGUGAGGAACUGUUUGUAAGCUAUCAAUUUGCUAGCUCUCUAGUGGACUGCAACAUAUUGGGUCAUUUUUUUGAAGCAGUUGACAAAGCAUUCAGUGGUAUAUUUGUGGGGGGUUUCACAUGACCAUGUACACUUUAUUGAUGUUAUCUUCAUGCAUGCUUUCAUGGCCGAACUGAAGCAAGGCCGACACCGAAUUUGGUGCAAGUGACUGUACAUGUGAUUGUAUGCUGCAACAGAUUGUUGAUGCAUAAAUAUAAUGUGGUACUUAAUAUGCAUUAGUCUUCUACAAUUUGGACUGAAAGGAGAUCAGAGACUCCCUGCCUGCAGAAUCAAGCCAAUUGAGAACACUUUGUGACUUACAUGUAUAAUGUGGUGUUUUGUAUAGUGCUUAUUCAUAGACAUGUCACAGUCUGUUGGUGACUAGCAAAACAAGGAUGAACAGGUUCAAGAAAUCUGAUACAAGCGAUGAGAUAGUCGAUGCCCACUGCUUCAAGUGGCAGUCCACUAGUGAACACAUAAAUCAAAAGCUCCGUAAUUCUACAUACUGCAACUUAUUGUACAGAAGGCAACACAAGCCACAUGAAUAUUAUGUAUUGGUACUUUUGAUUCCUUUACUAAUGGAAUGGGUUGCGAAUUAGAAAGUAUGUUAUGCUUGUUUCAAAUUUAGUCAUAGAUUUGGUGCGUCAAUGUAGAGCCUUCAUGGGAUUGCUGAACCCUAUUUUCUUUUUAAAACGGAACUUCCUAUAUCAUGGUUUUAACUAGUAUGUUCUUCAGGAGAAUGAGCUAAUUCUGGACAAAAUGUAUGAUGCAGUUAUAGGUGCCAGUUCAUGAUUAAAAUUUGAGCAAACUGUUGACACUAUCUCUGUGUAAAGCACGGAUUGUUUGCUGAUGUGUGAUAUCGGUAUAAGUGCUGACUUGCGCAGCAUUCUGGAAAAUUGACCCGCCAUUUUCCAGCACCUUAUCUGUAAUAGGGCUAGCAAGUUUGUGCAGGUAUUAUAUUAAAGGUACACUUUUGAUGAAUUUUCCUACAAGGAAGUCUUUUCCACAGUUGGUUCAUGUCAUAAAUCAAUGUAUAUUUUGUCAAAGCAAUUGAAAAGAAAAAGAGUCAAUGAUGAAAGCCAGAUGAUACCAUCUCAUAAAUGUGUUAUACUAUGUGAUACAUACAAAAAAAUAUUGUAUAAAAUCAAGGGGAUACUCAUGCACUCAUGGGGUAUCUAUUUUUUUGUUUUCAAUUUUUUAUUCAAGAUUGGGAUCUACAUGUACCUUAGCAUUCCAAGUAGUCACUUUAAGUAGCUGUAAAAUGAUUUUGAUUAACUGUUUAUGUAGUUCAGUCAAUGCUUCACAACCAAUAGUUCACAGUGCUCCGUUGGGCAUAAGAGCUUUCUCAGGUGGGCUGCAGGGUCAGCCAAAGUAAUAUCCAAUUAGAAAAAAAUAAGUAUCUGAUGUUGUGUCAUACAUCUUUGAUUCAACUCAACUGUUGUCAUAUCAAUUGCAAUUAAAUUUUACCCCAAGGUAAAAGUGAACAAUUUUUAUAAUCACAUGGUAAGGAAAUUUCAGUAUGAAAAUACUGAGGGAUGAGGGUAUGUCUGGGCCCCGUAACACAAAGGUUAGCGAUUAAUCGUAUGCUUGAUUUUAAUGAUAGUGGAGCGUUGUGGCCCAGUGGAUUAGUUUGCGGACUUUGAAACAGAGGGUCGUGGGUUCAAAUCCCAGCCAUGGCGUAAUUUCCUUCAGCAAGAAAUUCAUCCAUUGUGUGCUGCACUCGACCCAGGUGAUGUAAAUGGGUACCGGCAGGAAGUAAUUCCUAAAAAAAGCUGUGUGCACCUUAAUCGGUUGCCUAGCUAAGCCGGGGUAAUAAUAAUAGCAGUGCCUUUUUAAAGCGCCAUGAGCACCAAAGUAUAAGUAGCCACCAUUAUUAUUAUUAUUAUUGAUUGCUAAGCUUUGUGUUCGGGGUCCCCUGGAGGUUGUCUUAUGGCUCAGAGCAUCACCAUCCAUUUGUUCUGUUUUCUUUAGUCUGCUAAUUUUAUCAUAAUUUUUCUCUAUUUAGAAUACUGCAGUGUAGGAUACAAAACCGAGACUGGGCAUAAUAGACAAGGUUUAGAAGCACUGACCUAGGUUACCGUGGUACACUGUAAUUACCGACUGUAAAUGGCAAAUUUUUGUGAAAUGGGGCCAGAAACUUUAUUACAUGGGUUAUACAACUAUCUCCGGGUUCCCGUAACACAAAGGUUAGCGAUUGAUUGAUCGUACACUUGAUAUUAACGAUUGAUCGUACACUUGAUUUUAAUGCUUGAUUUGUACAGUACAUUGUAGUCAAUUGUAAAGAUAUUCUUCUGCAAUGAUUGCUAAGCUUUGUAUUAUGGGCCCCUGGUCAGAAGUUGAGGUUGCAAAGUAAUAUUAAUUACAUUAUCAUUCCACUUUUAUAUAGAGUGCUUUUAUGCACAUAAAGCCAUUCAGAUGUAAUUAAAAUACAUCUGAAUGUCUGUAUGUGCUACGUAUAUUCCUGACAUGCCCUCUGGAACAUUCCAGAAAGAGUUUCAAGACUCAAUUGCAAGACAUACUGUAUAGGCUUUUGAACCUUACUGGGAACUCAUUUAACAACUGGGUGGAGAAUAGAAAAGAGUGCCAAAUGACGUGAGGCAUCUGUCUACUUGAACAGUAAUAACACUUUUGUGUGAGCAGAGGCAGUGAGAUACAAGGCAUUAUAAUGCAGAGGAACUCAAUAUUUCUAGUUGCCUCACUGAGGACAAAUCACAUUCUCUGACAGUUAAUAGUUUUGUCCAACGUUGUGCAGACAAAUUAUGUCAUGGUAUUCAACAUGAAUUUGUGACAUAGUGAAAUUGAAUAUCAUGACUCUGUCCUUGCAACUUUGAAAAAUAAUCAUUUCUUUGAGUUGAACCGUAUGUCAGUUUAUCAACUUAUCUUAUAAUGCCUUGAUAAAAAAUGUUACUGAGCUAUUACCAUGCCUGAAUGAGGCUUAUAUAUGCAACUUUACAAACUAAGUUCUACAUGAACCUGAAAGUUUCUCUCUUUGUAUAAGUUUUCACUGUGUAGAGAUAUGCCAUUGAGUUUGUAUAAUCCACUUCAUUGGAUCAUGAAAUGAAAGCUUCAUGAAAACUGUAAUAAUAAGGAAUUGGAAAAAAAUAUCUUUGAAAAAUACAUGUACCGGUAAAUAAAAGUAACAGAGUAAACUUGUUGUGUCUCUUGAACUGAGAAUCAUGUUCCUUUUGAAGAUAUGUUUGAUAUACACUCGAAUACAGAA